AUCCCGGGGACGCGAAGUCCUGGCGAGGCUGGGCUAGUGUGGAAGCUGCUUUAGGUUCCUUCCUGUAUGUCACGGAGAAUGUUUUAAGUGACUUGCUUUGGUGACUCGAAACUUGUGUACCCCAGAGGCUGCUCUUUCAAACAGUCGAUUUUUUCUCCUGCCUGUGGCUCAUUUCCAUGCAAAGAGCCUGACAUCAGAGUACCUUUUGUUGCUAAAAGCUUUCUUUAGCUGGGGGCGUGAGCAGUGGUGAAACUGGGAGAGCUCAUUUGGAAGGAAGGGGUACUAGAAAGUUAUCUACGCGCUGAAAAGAAACCAUAGGCACCUAUUCUGCUAGCAGUGCCUUACAAGCUGACUUUCUGAGGGACUCGCUUUUAGAUGGAUGUGUGUCUGUUUGUUGGAAGGAAGAUUUUGCAAUGAAUCAUUUGCUUUUAAGCUUACGAGAACCCCCGCGGUGAAACUGGCGCAGACUUACCUUCUGCUACCCUGUUGCUGCAGCUCUACCAGAAAAGUUUUGGAAGGAAUGUCAGCUGUGCACAGCUCCUGGCUCCAUCAGCUAAGAGAGAACAGACCCUAGGGGAAAGCUCUAAUGACUGAGCAGGAUCUGGCAUCUGACCUGGAGAUUUUUUUCUCCAUUGUCCUUGAAGCUUUCUUUUGGGAAGCAGUGAUUUGGCUGGUAGCAGAGAUCAGAUGAGAAGGCAUCGUGAAGCUGUUCAGAAGGACUGGGGAAGUGUUUGUUGUUGGUGUGUGGUGUGUUGAAGAGUCAUCCCUUUGACAGAAAGUUGUUGUUGGGAACCAGUAUUAAGCUCUGCUGAGGCAGGGAAUCCAUCUAGUCAUGGAGGAGGAACAAGCAGCCUGCCCCGAACCCCAGCCAGACAGCAUGAUGUCUGAUGCAUUCUCCAAACUGUGGACAGAUGUAAUGGGAAUACUGGACGGGUCACUGGGUAACAUCGAUGACCUGGCACAACAGUAUGCAGAUUACUAUAACACCUGUUUUACUGAUGUGUGUGAGAGGAUGGAGGAGCUGCGCAAACGGCGGGUUUCUCAAGACUUUGAUAUGGAGAAACCCGAUGCCAGCCCCUCAUCACUACAGCUGCGGUCCCAGAUUGAAGAAUCACUUGGACUCAGUAGUGCUGUAUCAACACCAGAGAGUGAAAGAAAGCUUUCCCUUCAUAAAUCAAGCUCUGAAGAAAGCUCUGUAGGGAAAGCAGACUGGAAAAAGAAGAAUAAGUAUUUUUGGCAGAAUUUCCGAAAGAAUCAGAAAGGAAUAAUGAGACAGACUUCAAAAGGAGAGGAUGUUGGUUAUGUGGCAAGUGAGAUCACAAUGAGCGAUGAGGAACGGAUCCAGCUGAUGAUGAUGGUGAAAGAGAAGAUGAUCACCAUUGAGGAAGCACUUGCUAGGCUGAAGGAAUAUGAGGCCCAGCACAGGCAGUCAGGCAUCAUAGACUCUACAGAUUGGCCUGAUGGCUCGUACCCGACAUUUGACGGGUCUUCCAAUUGUAAUUCAAGAGAACAAUCGGAUGAUGAAACAGAGGAGUCGGUGAAGUUUAAGAGGUUGCACAAGCUGGUUAACUCUACUCGCAGAGUCAGAAAGAAACUAAUUAGGGUGGAAGAAAUGAAAAAACCCAGCACAGAAGGUGUGGCUGAGCACUCACUUGACAGCUCUCCUGUACUGGAUAACAGAUCGGCACUUUACUCUGGAGUUCACAAGAAGCAAUUCUACUUAGAUGGCUCUUCUGAAAAGCAGCCUGAGGAUGACUCUGACUCACUCACUGCUUCUCCUUCAUCCAGCAGCCUAGAUACUUGGGGUGCUAAUAGGAAGCUGGUUAAGACCUUCAGCAAAACUGAUAGCCGUGGCCUUAUUAAGCCCCCCAAGAAGCUGGGGACGUUUUUUUCUUACCCAGAAGAGGAGAAGACCCAGAAGGUUUGCCGCUCUUUGACAGAGGGGGAGAUGAAGAAGGGCCUUGGCUCCCUGAGCCAUGGGAGAACCUGUAGCUUUGGAGGAUUUGACUUGACAAAUCGUUCACUGCAUGUUGGAAACAACAGCUCUGACCAAACGGGAAAGGAAGGAGACUUCAUUUAUAAAGAAGUGAUCAAGUCACCCUCUGCCUCCCGUAUAUCUCUUGGCAAAAAGGUGAAGUCUGUAAAAGAAACCAUGAAGAAAAGAAUGUCUAAAAAAUAUAGCAGCUCUCCGUCAGAGCAGGACUCCAGCCCUGAUGUAAUGCCAGGUUCUCCGCAGUCACCACAGCCAGAGACUGAUUCUCUGGAUAAGCCCAAACUGAAAGCUGGUGGUUCAGUAGAAAGCCUGAGGAGCUCCUUAAGUGGUCAGAGCUCAAUGAGUGGUCAGACAGUGAGCACAACAGAUUCCUCAGCCAGCAACCGGGAGAGUGUCAAGUCUGAAGAUGGUGAUGAUGAAGAGCCUCCCUAUAGAGGACCUUUUUGUGGACGAGCCAGGGUUCACACUGAUUUUACACCCAGCCCUUAUGAUACUGACUCCCUGAAACUUAAGAAAGGUGAUAUCAUUGAUAUAAUCAGCAAACCUCCGAUGGGCACUUGGAUGGGCCUGUUGAACAACAAAGUGGGCACUUUCAAAUUUAUCUAUGUGGACGUGUUAAAUGAGGAGGAAGAGAAGCCAAAGCGGCCCACAAGGAGACGACGGAAAGGAAGACCACCUCAGCCCAAGUCUGUUGAGGAUCUCCUAGAUCGUAUUAAUUUAAAGGAGCACAUGCCCACUUUUCUAUUCAAUGGUUAUGAAGAUCUGGACACUUUCAAACUGCUGGAGGAGGAAGAUCUGGAUGAACUGAAUAUCCGAGACCCUGAGCACAGAGCUGUUCUCCUCACAGCUGUAGAGCUUUUACAGGAAUAUGAUAGUAACAGCGACCAGUCGGGGUCUCAAGAGAAGCUUCUCAUAGAAGGCCAGGGACUGAGCAGAUGCUCCCCCCGGGAUUCUGGCUGCUAUGAAAGCACUGAAAACCUGGAGAAUGGUAAUGAGAAGAGAGAACCCAGCCUGACAGUCAGAUCUAAGACUGAGCCUUCAGCCAGUGAGCACUGUUUUAACAGAAACCAACUGCCAAGUUAUCCAACUCUGCUGACUAAAUCGGUAGAAGCUCUCCAGCAAGGACAGAAGGAAAUACGGUUGAGCUGCUUUCAUCAUGCUCCCAAGAGCUGCAUCAAGCCUUCAAGCAUCACAGGUUUGAAGAAGAAUCGCAGAAGUUUACCAGCAACUGUCUGCCGGAGCUGUGAGACUCUGGAUGGCACCCAUGCGGCCAAGUGGCCAAGAUCUUAUUCACUGGAUGACCUCCAAGGAGAAUCCAGCACUGACCUACCGAACACUGGUAAGAAGUAGAUUCUUUCCCUCAGGAUGCACUGGAUGUAGCAAAAAAGACAACUGGCUCCGGUCCUGAAGCCUAAGGCUCCUGGGGGUGUCAUGAGGGCAGAAGAGAAUCUACCUAAGCAAAUAAAGGAACUGCUGAUUCUCAGAAGGGAAAAAACUAGGAAUUGGACUACUCAGUACAGACACUUCAAGUGGGACUCCUACGCAUUAACCUGCUUAAAGCGCUGGGAGGCUCUGCCUACUUCAGUUACACAUAACAUAACAAGGACACCUCUGGAAAAUCAUCAUAAAAGCAGUCAUGACCUUGAAAGGGCUGAUAAUUCUCCAGUCCUCAAGGAAGAUCUGAAAGCUGAGGCAAAAGGGCGUGAGCGAGGCAAGAUUCAGUCAAAAAAUCUUUCACAGCCGCCACCAGUCCCUGCCAAAAAAAGCCGAGAACGCCUUUCUAAUGGACUAUAUCAUCCCCCUCUGACCCUAAGUGGAGCCCUUUCAAGUCCAGAUACACCAUGUUUGCCGGUAAAAAGGGCCAGUCCAUCCAGCCCCAUUGAUUGCCGUGUAGUACCUGACUGUAGGCCCUCUUCUGAGCAGCCCAGUACUCCUCCAAGCACACUGCCCCCUUGGCUAGCUGAGCUUUCUGAGACUGCUAGCAUUCAGCAACAUGUGGUAAAGCUAGGCCCUGCUUUAGCCAGGAAAGUCUCUUGUACUAGAGGGCUGGAUCUGGAAAUGUUGAUAGAAACAAGUGUGCAGUCUGAAGAGAUUGAUCUCACAGAGGAACCAUAUUCAGACAAGCAUGGUCGCUGUGGGAUUCCUGAAGCUUUGGUGCAGAGAUACUCUGAAGUAGAGCAGCCUGAAAAGGAUGUUGCUUCAAACAUGGACCAAAUCCGGGUGAAGCUGUUGAGGAAGCAGCACCGCAUGGCAAUUCCGAGCGGAGGGCUCACUGAAAUCUGCCGAAAACCUGUAUCCCCUGGACAUAUCACAUCUAUAACUGACUGGCUGGUUUCUAUUGGCCUGCCUAUGUAUUCUGGCUCACUCACAGAAGCAGGAUUCAACACGCUGAGCAAAGUGCCUUCUCUGUCACAAACUUGCCUUCAAGAAGCUGGCAUCACAGAGGAGAGGCACAUAAACAAGCUCCUGGCAGCAGCAAGACUCUUCAAACCCCUCAAUCCAGAGGCAAUUUAACAUGCCCUGGAAUGUGGCACUGUCUGAGACCCCACUGCUUCUUACUGCACCAGUUUUGCCCUAAUUUCUCCACACAACAAAUGGGAUCAAGCAAGUGGAUCCCAGGAAUAGGCAAAUAAACUCCUCAGAGGAUCGUCCUUUUUUCUGCCUUUAGCAACUAAAGGAGAAAAGAAGCAACCGCCAGGUAACAAGUGUGGUACUUCCUUAGUCCUCAACAACAAAGUAUUUUAGUUCUGAAAGUGCACAGGGCUAGCCUGUGGUUACACAGCUUCCCAGGUGACCAUUAAGCUAAAGGGGCCCUUGCACACUCUCCACAAGAUUGUGACAGCUACACCCGCUGUCAGCUCUGUUUCUGUUGCAAGAUCUCUAUGACUAGAAGGCCCUCUGUAAUGCUGGGUCCCGGUUACCAAGAGUCAGACCUGAAAGCCACGUACAAGCCAAGGUGCAGCUCACUGGCAAAAGCUGUUUAGCAAAUCAUCUUGGUUUUUUUGUUUGCUUGUUUUGUUGGUUUUAGCAAUCAAAUGCUAAAUACGUACCCUUUUUGUCAUCCUCUCUGUGGCUUGGUAUAGUUCCUAUAGACCAUAGAGCCUUUAGCUAGGCCAGAAUAAUGAACUGGAAUUAGUUUACAAUAUUGACCAUUUCUGUUGUUCCAGUACAACUAACCUAACAGAGUCCAAAACUCCUUUUGUGUAUAGAAUUGGGUCAUUUUUGUAACUGCUUUCUUGCAACCAGCUUUUUUUUAUUUGCCUUAAAAUCAGAUUGCCAGCAGUUAUCUAGUGUUCACUUAUCUGUAUCCAACCUUGCUUCAUUCUGUCGUCAUUCCAUGGCACUUAGGGUGAUUUUCAGUUAAAGUAACUUCUAUAAAUUGUCUUGUAACAUCUUCUGUUUGUAGAGGUGCUUUUGCAAAUGCAAAGUUUCCAUUGUCAGGCUAACUGUUCACAGCAGUCUGCAUUUGCUGCUGUUAUUACAAUGUUCAGAGUUAUCUUGCCUUGUAUAUAUGUAACUGCUUUUCAUUUUAAUCAUAUUUUUAUGUACUGUGUUAUACUGUCAAUCAUUAUACUGCAGCUUUGACUUGGUAUCCUGACCAUAUCAAUUCAAAACAUUGUUUUUUUCAAAUGAAAGAUUGCCCUGGGAAAUAAAAUCCACCGAAGAAGCAAACUGUGUCCCAUAGAAAGUAUCAGAGCAGUAAUUUCACUGCCUAGAGGAAGAAAACCUCAGUGUCUUAUGAAUUAUGCUGUCAUUUUACAAAACUUGAUGUCCCCCAGUUCGAGUGUUUUGAAAUAUCUUCUCUUCAGAAGAAAGUGUCUUUCUGGAAUGCUGGACAAACCAUUUUUUGUCCAUAAAAUAAUGAUCCUAUUUUCUGUCUAAUCCACUGUAAAAUCUCCCAUUCACAGCUGUGGAUGCUAACAGAUUUUAUUUUUGUACGUGGGCACUCAUUUUAUAUACCAAAUACAGAUCACCAUGAAUAGUAUUAACUAGAUUUUUUUCUUUGGUGUCUAUAUCCUAUGUACUUUUCUUUAACUUACAGUAGUGGAAACUCUUCAUUGUAGACCGAGUAGGUUUUCCUUUGGCAGGUGAAUUGAAAGAUGUAGUCUAGUGAUCUGAGCACAGGCCUAGAAAUCUGUUUCUGUUGCCAGCCCUGCCACUACCUUGCCAGGUGAAUUCGGGCAAGUCACUUCCCCUCUCUGAGACUCUAUUAUUCCACUCAUAAAAUGAGGAUAAUGAUGCUUACUCAUCCUGGUAAAGUGCAUUCAGACUGAUGAAUGAAGUGCUGAAAGUGCACUAUUA